AUGUUAAGAAUUUUAAUUCCACAAAUUUUUAAUACAAUAGUUUAAUCUAUUUAAUUAAAAUUAUCACAUUCUGAUUUGAUAGGCAACUUGCAAAAUAACUUAAAAAAUAACUUUGAAAAUCCUUUUGUUUAUCUCAAUAUCUUAUAUGAAGCUACUAAGGAUUUUAAAAAUUAAACUAUGAUGGAAAUAUUUGGUAAUGUUGUUCUUAUAUUGAUAUCCUUAUUUUUGAUUUAGCUACCAGUUUUUAAUUCAAUUGUUACAAUCUUAGCAAUAAUUGCUGAACUGAGUUUUAUAUGGAGUUAGUCUGAUGAAAGUCUUCUCUCAAAAUGUGGAAAAACAGUGUGGACAGUAGCUUAAUUAGGGAUUGGAAUACUUCCAGGUUCUUAAUUAUUAAAAUUGAUUUUUCAUUUUAUCUCAGAUAUAGCAAAAAAAUUAGGCAUUGUAGAAACAAGUGAUAAAAUAUAUAUUGGUUGUCUUACAACUGCAGGAGCUAUUGGAGGAGGAUUUUUAGGAAAAUUUAUUGGAGGGACUGUUUCACUUACUUAAUAUGGAACUGUUAUGAAGGUGGUAGGUACAAUAUUAACCUUUGCGUCAAGUCCAGUUGUCAUUGGUACUGUAGUUGGUGCUCUGUUUAUGGCAUCCCUAUACAUAGGUAUAAAAUUUUAUCAAAAGUGGAAGUGA